GGCAAACAACUUUAAAAUUUUUUUGAAAAGUUUUUCUAUUAAAUUUUUAAAUUUUAACUCCAAUAUGUCGCAUAAACCUUUGGGACCCGGACCCGGCGCAUACAUGCUGCCCAGCUGCUUCGGCUAUGAGAAGUGUGACUCCAGGAUGCAGCGAAGCCCGCAGUAUUCCUUCGGGACCCAAUCUCGGUCUUGCAAUCGUCCAAAUCUUGUGGGACCCGGACCGGCGGCGUAUCACCUGGGCUCCGUGACGCGCUAUGGAAAGGCUAACAAUCUGGAGUACGCGUAUUUCCAUAGACGUGGUCUCGGCAACAACAAAACAAAGAGUGUUCGCUAGUUAGAGUCUCAAAAUAUACGAAUAUAUGGGUUAACAAUAA